AUGGAUUCCUCCACGACGUCUUCGGAUGAGAGCUUCUCUCCAUCGCUCACCUCGUACGAGAACGAAACGCUCAGAGGAGCCAUGGUGCCGUCGCGCUCAGGCAGCAGCACCUUGGUCGGACCAAUCGGAUCGUCAUUGGUGCAGCAGCUCGCCGUUGAUCUACCUCCUUGUUCGGUUCUUGUCACACCACGCGACGUGUGCCCGGGGCUCCCGCGCUAUCCAGCUAUUGGGCAAUUUGCCAUGACGGCCUCAGAAGAGGUGGUUGCGGCGGGGCCCGAUGGCCUCUUCUCCUUCAAGCGCGUGAAUGAACACCCUUCCAGGCCAUGGUCCAAGCCCCGGCCCUUUCCGGGCACUCCUCUAGACAACUCGUCUGUCUCUGGCAUUGCGCUGCGCGAGAGCAAAAGCGGUGGCAGAUUAGACGUAUUUUGCGUCGCGGACGGGAAGUUGCAUACCUUCAGUCGCACCAAAGAGAAAGAUGCGAAGGCACCACCGCCCUCGUUUGUUGCGGACUCAUCCCCGCCCCUUGCCACAUACCGUGUUAGCGGCACGCCGUCCAUUACCACGAUAAAGGAGGCAUCGUACGGCUCUUUUGGAGAGCGAUACGGCUUAGUUGUCCCGAGCCGAUCGGGUGGUCUGCUGCAUACGUCCACGACAGGACCCUCUAGCUACUGGUUUUCCUCGGGUCAGACUAAUGCCGAGUGGGAGCCGGUUAACCAUGUGGCUAAACAUCUUGGAAUCAUCUCAGCCGCCACUACAGCUACGCUCAAAAGAGGAAACUUGCAGGUCGACAUUGUCGCGGUGUGCAUCGUGCAAGGCAGAUUGCAUUCGGUCGAGGGACCUUUCAUCGAACCCAAAUCCGGAAUAUUCUCCUUCACCCCCGGCGGAUGGAAGGGCGAAAAGACGGACAGAAUUCCCCACCCCGGUGAAGUGACAGGCAGCCCAGCGCUCCUCCAAGAGAAACUGCAGGAGGGUCAGUUAGAUCUUCUCGUCCCCUCAGCCGCCGGGGGCAUCUUUCACUUCGUCCGGAUCCCCUCUUCGCCCGACGAAUGGCACAUGAUCGGGCGCAUUGAUACUCCCAGCUAUCUUCCGCCGGCGGGCAGCCUGGACUUUUUCCAUCUCAAGCUAAAAAAUUACUUUGAGGACUCGAAACUUCGAGCCGCUGCUGAGAUUGGAGGCCGGCUCUACACCAUUGAGACCUUAACACUCAGCAGCUACUCCCGGCCAUGGCCAUGGCGUUGGCGUUACCUCCAUCCAGUUAUUGGGCCAGGGCCGUCGCAUAAAGAGAUAUAA